AUGCCUUUCACACUGCUCCAAGUGCAAGUGGGGAAGUUCCAAACCCUUCUUUUGUCUCACUCUUCAUUCUAUAAUCUUUGUGUUUAGUUAUUGUUCGCUAGGUUUUCGUCUAUAGCUUUUUGCACAAAUCAUCGCCUUUGUGUUUUAUUAUUGUUUGUUAGGUUUUCGUCUAUAAUUUUUUGCACAAAUCAUAGCAUUUGUGUUUAGUUAUUGUUCGCUAGGUUUUCGUUUAUGCCUUUUUGCACACAGAUCAUCGCCUUUGCCCACCAUUGUGCAACCCGUUUCCCAUUUUGCACACAAAUCAUCGCUUUUUUGCACAAAUCUCGAAAUACUGGUGGUGGAAUCCUAAGUUGUUCCUCACCAUCGUGUCCCAAGGCCGCUGCCACGAUUUUUGUAUCGGGACUGAGUUUCAGCCUCUUUAGUUUUUUUUUUCUUUCUUUGUUUUUUCUUUUUGUUGAGCAUAAUCACAAUUAAAAGCAUAAGUUGUGAGUUACUAUUCAUUAGUGGCUCUCACACUCCUCCAAGUGCAAGUGAGGAAGUUCCAAGCCCUUCUUUUGUCACACUCUCCAUUCUACAACCUUUGUGUUUAUUUAUUGUUCGCUAGGUUUUCGUCUAUAGCUUUUUGCACAAAUCAUCGCCUUUGUGUUUUAUUAUUGUUUGUUAGGUUUUCGUCUAUGAUUUUUUGCACAAAUCAUCACAUUUGUGUUUAGUUAUUGUUCGCUAGGUUUUCGUCUAUGCCUUUUUGCACACAAAUCAUCGCCUUUGCCCACCAUUUUGCAGCCCGUUUCCCAUUUUGCACAAAAAUCAUCGCUUUUUUGCACAAAUUUCGAAAUACUGAUGGCGGAAUCCUAAAUUGUUUCUCACCACCGUGUCCCAAGGCCGUUGCCACGAUUUUUGUAUCGGGACUGAGUUUCAUCCUCUUUAGGUGUUUUUUCUUUCUUUUUUUCCUUUUUGUUGAGCAUAAUCACAAUUGAACCCAAACACAUGAGUAUGCUAACUUGAACACAAAUCAUCGCCUUUGCCCACCAUUUUGCAGCCCAUCUCGAAAUAUGGUCGGCAGAGUCCUAAGUUGUUCCCCAUUAUCGUUUCCCAAGGCCGCUACCAAGAGUUUUGUAUCUCGAGCGAGUUUCAUCCUCUUUAGUGUUUUGGUAUUGGUCGCUAGAUUUUCGUCUAUGGUUUUUUGCACAAAUCAUCACCUUUGCGGCCUUGCCCACCAUUUUGCAGCUCAUUUCGAAAUACUGUCGGCGGAAUCCUAAGUUGUUCCCCACCAUCGUUUUCCAAGGCCACUACCACGAGUUUUGUAUCAGGAUCGAGUUUUAUCCUCUUUAGUGUUUUUUUUCCUUUUUGUUGAGCAUGAUCACAAUUGAACCCAAAUCCAUGGGUAUCCAACCUAAUUCAAUCCAGUCAAAGCGACUUGAAACCGACUUUAGCAUUUGUAAAUUUCUUUUUUUUUUCUUUUUUAUUGUUGGAAGACAAUUGAUCCCGAAUCUAAGGUUUUGACGACAUGUUGUAUUGUGAGCGAGCUUUCUCCGCUUUUGUAGUUGGCAGGUUGCACCAAGUGUUAAUUUGUUAAAAAAUUGUUCAAAGCGAGUUGAACACGUUGUUGACCAGUUUUAGAUCGAAAGCGAGUUUUGUACGUUUUAAUUUUUUUUUUUAUUUCUCAUUUUCCUUUUCGUUGAGAAUGACAAUUGAACUCUGACUCAUUUACGCUUUUUGUAUCGAGAGCGAGUUUUAUCCGCUUUUGUAAUUGACAGGUUGGGUAAAUUGUAAAUGUGUUAAAACUGGGUCGACCCGGUCAAAGUGAGUUGAACGCAGUGUUGAGAGUUUGGGGUCAUGGGCGAGUUUUAUCUGCUUUAGUUUUUUUUUAUCUUUUUCCUUUUGGUUGAGAAUGACAAUUAACUCCAAACGCAUGGGUACAAAACCUAAUUCGAACCGACCAAAGCGACUUGAACCCGAUUUUACAGGUUUUCGGCGGGAGCGAGUUUUAUUUAUUUUUGUAGUUGGCGUGUUGUGUCAGGUGUGAAUUUGUUCAAAACUCGGUCCAACCAGGUCAAAGCGAGUUGAACCCGGUGUUGACGAGUUUUAGCUUUAGUGUUUUUCAUUUAGCUUUUUCCUUUUGUUUGAGGAAGACAAUUGAACCCAAAUCCAUGGGUAUCCAACCUAAUUUGACCCGAUCAGUGCGAGUUGAACCUCCUCAAACCUGCAAUCAGUCCAAAAUUUUCAUAAAGGAGAACCACGAUUACCUCAAACCCAAAAAAAAACCAUAAAAAUUGAAACAUUAGCGUCAUGAAAGAAGUUUAAACAUAAAUAAUCUAUUCGACGACCCCUCUACCUUAUGCAAGUUCAUCGACCAUAUGCUAUUGUAAAUAAUAUGAAAAAAUGAUUAAGAAUGAAAUAAGAUUACUUUCACUUUUGGGUCAACAUUAAAACUAUUACUAUUUAAAAUAUUUAUCUUUGUUAUACGCGAAGCAAUAGCGAACGGACUUCUAUUAAUAUAAUAUAAUACAAGUAACCAGCUUGAUCUUGACAAACGCAACAAAAAUCUUGAUAACAUCGACUCAAGGUAUACCUUGAAGUUUCCUAUGUUAUGUAAUGGGCUUACACAAUAAACUAUGAACUUGUGUAUUUUGUGAGUGUUUACCGAAGUAUUCACGUCAAUCGAAAGAGAUCUCCAUUCUUCAUAAACAAACACUAGAAUGGAAAAUUCAGUUGUCGUCUUCCUCAACAAAAUUAAAAGAGAGCAAAAGGGGAACAGCGAGUGCUUUCAACAGAGGGGUUAUAUAGUGGCAAAACACUCCCUGCUUGCUCCAAUGUCCAGCAGCCACCUUUUCCCCUUGCCAAAAACCUCUGCUUUCCUUUCCUCUCCUUCCUUCUUCCCAACCUUCCGACCUUCCCUCUUCGAUCUCAUCUCCCCCACACGCAGAACUCCAAAACCUACAUCUCAAUUCUUCAGUCCCCUAUUCAAGAUUCCUCUGAAAAACCGCCCAAAUCAGAGACUCUGUUUUUUCCCCAGAUUCUUCCUCCCCCACAAAAUCUCACCUCAAUUCCCCAUCUGGGUUCCUUCCUAAGGUUGAAAUUGAAACGAAGAGAUAGAGAUUUGUAUUCUCCUUUUGAAAUUCCCCACUCUCGAUUCCCCCUUUUCCCCCAGAUUCUCCAUAUAAGAAGAAAAAGCAGAUUCUUCAGUAGCCCUCCUCUGUUUUUCUGCCGACCCAGAAAUUGAUAAAAAUCCCCAUCUCCCUCCCCCCCUUCUCAAACUUCACCAUGAAGACUUUGUUCCUUCUCUGAACCCACACAAAAAGAAGAAAAAAACACAAUUAUAAAACGGAAUCAGUAGCCAUGGAAGCUCUUUACCCGCAUUUCUACAUGUCGAGCCACCACCCACAAAACGACAGCAGCAGCAGCAGCAGCUGCCAGAGCUCGGAGUGGACCAGAGAAGAGAACAAGGCCUUCGAGAGCGCUUUGGCCAUCUACGGCGAGCACGAUCCCCACCGCUGGCUUAAAGUCGCCGCCAUGAUCCCCGGGAAAUCCGUCUCUGAUGUGAUCAAACAGUAUCGGGAACUGGAAGAAGACCUGUGCGAGAUCGAAGCUGGAAGGGUUCCAAUUCCCGGUUACUUCGCCGCCGCCGACGAUGAGGACGCGGCUUUCAGCCUGGACCUAAUCGACGGGCCCGACUUCGUCGAUUCGUACCGAAAGCGGCCCAUGGGCUCCACCAAGACCUCCGAUCAGGGCCGCAAAAAGGGCGUCCCUUGGACCGAAGACGAGCACAGGCGAUUCUUGAAAGGGCUACUGAAGUACGGGAAAGGGGAUUGGAGGAACAUAUCUCGCAACUUCGUGGUGUCGAAGACGCCAACUCAAGUGGCGAGUCAUGCACAAAAGUACUUCAUCAGGCAGCAGCUCUCCGGCGUGAAGGACAAGAGGAGGCCGAGCAUCCACGACAUCACCACCGUCAGCCUCUCCUCCUCCGUCGCCGCCGACAACAAGAGAUCAUCGCCGUCCAUCGACCAUCAGCUCACCGCCGCCCUGCUUUCGCCGCCGCACAAGCUGGCCUGGAUGGAUUGGAACAACCAUCACCACCAUCCCAAUGCCAACUUGUUCAUGAUGGGUUCGUCGCCGUACGACCAGAGUCUCUAUGCGGCAGCCGCUCGCCACACCACGGCGGCGGCGUUCCAGUUUUCGGCGGCUCGGAGAAUCCGCAGCUAAGGAGGACUCUGGAGUGGUUCAAUGGACUGUCCUCAUCUGUCUCUGGUUUUGUUAAUAAUUAGGAUGUGGGGAAACAAACAAGCUGUCAAAUAUGAUACGAAUGUUCUAGCUCUGUAUUGGCAUGAUAUGAUCAUCGAUGCUCUGUGCAAUCAACUCUGAGGUGGAUUGUAAUACCUUCUUCUUCCUCUUCCUUUGUCGACGUGAAAUUAGGGCCCAAGAUUUGGGUCAUGAAGAUCCAAAUUUACCUAUUAUUGAUACUCGUAUAUAAAAGUCGAGUUUCAAAUUGAAACGCGUUGUGGUCUUCACAUCUUUCUAAAAAGUCACAAAAUACUCUUGUUAUUUUUGUCUCGACAUAAUAAUCUGCCAUCAUGGUCUCAUGUUCUCGGUUUAUUUCGUUUCUAGAUUUGGCCCUUCGUUGGAAUCCUUCAAUAACAAAUCACCCUUCGCUGAUCAUCUAUUUUACUCUGUAGAUCCCAACAAUCAGUUCGUUGUUGCUGUCGUGAUUCUCGCCGUGGGCUCUCCACCGUAGCCCGCCACUCCCACUCCACAUAACUUUGUCCAAGUAAAAAAAUCGCAUGCUAUGGUAAAAAUGAUCAUCAUUGUAUUAGGGUGAAAAAAGCAGGGUUUUUACAUGCUUUUAAUCUGCCACGUCAUAAGCCUGAUGUGGGCAAGCAAAGCAGACUCAUCAAUGGCAACUUUUCAUUAGAUAUCUCUAAUCUCUUUAUCUAAUUAGUAAUUACAUUUUUUCCAUCAGUCUAUAAGCUAGUAGUGUUGAUGACUAGCCAGAGUCUAACCUUAAUCAAAAUACAUAUUCUGUACACGUGUGUAGUGAAGUUGAUUAGGGUUGUUGUGAGUUGAAUAAUUAUGGAGUCGGAGGCAAGGUGGGCAAGUUGACCCGUAAAGGAAUUGAAAAGACAAGGCAUUUGAAAGAAAGGUGACCAUAUAAAUGACUAAUCAUUCAUCAUUUCUUAGUCGCAGCUGAGUUUGCAUUCCACUCGUGAGAGAGAGCAUCACAUGCUUCAGCUUCAGCCCAUAAUAUGGAAACGACCGAUCCACGUAGGAAUGCCAAAUGCGAUUCUUUCUAGAUUUUAUUUUCACUAUUUUAUUCCCCCUUCCUCUAGCCAAUCCAAAUUUAUGUAGUUGGUUUUUUUUAUAAGGAUGAUUAUCCUUCCAAAACUUUAAUCAAGUGUGAUAAACAUUUUGUCAUAAUAAUUCGAAUUUUGAGGAAAAUGUUAAUUAUGGAUUUUAUGCAACGAAAGCCAAUUCACAAGUUUGAAGUUUGCAGGCCGACCGUACUUUGUGAUCUUAUCAACCGUUAAUGUUGGCGUCUUGAAGAUUCAAACACACUAUCAUUUGGUCAAACCAAUUUCCACCGGCAAAAUUCACGUAACAACAAGAUACUGUCUGCUUUGGGUGUAGACCAUUACGGAUCUUGUCUUGGGGUGCAUAUCAAGGUGACUUCCUGACACGCUAAAACACAACACCUAACAAUGGCCAAGUGUAACCAAUGAAAGGGACUGCAGUAUAGUGGCGCAAGUAAUAAAUAUCGAAUCCACGGGUCUCUAGAGUUACUAUUACUCAGCUUCAGUUCAUUAUCUAGCAAACUAGAUUAAGGAUUGAUUUACUAAACUACUCUACUAAUUACAAGGUGGGAACUCACUUAGGUAUGAUUCCCCCUAGCACCUCAAUUAGGUCCAAGUUGCAAUUACCUUUGGUUGAUCUACUGUUGAUUAAACUGCAGAAGAUCCUAAAUUAGCUUGGAAUCUCUUAAGCUGACCAAGCCCUCUUAGACAGAAUACUCGGCAGGCGACUAGCCUUCACCAAGAUAGACUGCUAAGGCAAUUCACACAGAUCUCCACUACUAGAAUGAAUUUCAGUACAAAGCAGUGAAUUGAUUGACUCUCGCACAACCAAUUCACCACUAUCAAUCAAGGAAGCUCUGUUAACCUAAUCAGAUUCUAUCUAUCAUAGGUUAAAGCAGAAAUCAAGAGAAUUUGAUCAAGAUUCAAUUGAUUCAAUAAGUCAUACCUCAAUCGAUUAUAAUCAAACAAUAUAACAUCCAAAACUUCAUGCAAGAAAGCACCUAACACAUGGAACUAGGGUUCCUCAAAAUCUAAGUGAAGGGAAGUUACUCCAUAGAGAAGAGAGGGACUGCAGAAAUCUCCAUCUCCAAGCUUGAUUCCCGAGCUCCAAUGGCGAAGAAAUCCUCCAAAAUAGCUCCAAGAAUGUUCCCAAGUCGCUCUCUCUCUCUCUCUCUCUCUCUCUCUCUCUCUCUAUAGGGUUCGUCCCUUGGGUGUUUGGGAACCAAACCCCAGCUCUCCCUUUCCUUUGCCUUGAAUCUGCCUCAAAAACCCGAUUCUAGGUAAAACACGGUCGAGGACACGGCCGUGUUUUACUUUUGUCCGCCCGUAUUUUUCCCCCAGCAGCCAUCACGGCACGCCCUCGGCAGUUAAAACACGACCUUGGUUUUAGGGUAGUCUGCCCGUGUUUUUACUGCCGAACCUGUUCCCCUAUAUUCAAUGCUUCCUUUCUCCCUCGUCCGGACUCCGAAUCAGUCGUCGUUUGAUCCUAGACGCUCGUAGUCUCGUCCUCUUUCUUUUCAUGACAAGCUUGCAUGAUUCUUUGUCCAUAAAUGAGGUAAGAAUCCAUUCUUCUUCAGGUCAUGCUCGAGUUUCUUCUCCCGAAUCGCCAAUUGGUAUCCGAUUGACUUGAAACUUGCGCCUAGCCUUUCCUUCGACGCUUGGGACCUGAAUUGUGACAAAGAAAUACAACCUAGCGUAAAAUAGGCCAAAGAAGUGAUAAUGCAAGCUUAAACGAUCAAGAAACAAAGGAAAACAUGUGCAAAUAUCGAGCCAUCACUUCCCAUAAGAUCACAACAUUCUUGUAGUGCUCCACGGUGAGCACGUUUAGUCAUAAGAAACCAGUUUGUCACUAUAACUCAAGUUGUUGGGAGAUGUUCAAUAAUGGAUCUUAUUCCAUUUACUAAAACGUUUAAUUUCGA